ACUAGCUCCUUACCAUAAACCUCAUGCCUACAGGAUGCUUCUGAAGGAUGGAUCAAUCAUUCUUUAGUCCCUCACAGAGUGGGUGAAAAAAAAAGGUCCUUGACAAAAUAUCUCGAGAUGAACUAGAACAGCAUUGUUAUUUGGCUGGUUGGAUUUCACCCACUACAAUGAAGAUACCGGUUUACACCGGACUGUUCUUUCUAACCUCCAGUCUUUUCACAACAGCUUCAGAAUUUUCGCUGAAUGGCUCUGCAAUUAAAACUGUGUCUCUCAUCAAGACUUUCCGUGGAAUUUCUGCAAGAGACUAUGAUUACAUCCCUCCUUAUGCAAUAGAAGGGGAGACAACAACCAUCCACAUCAAAGAACGAAAAUGCUCUUCAAAAAAGGCCAAUGACUCCACUUUAACACAAGUGAACAAUACCACGCUGGAGUAUCUGACUAGUUCUCUGAGCACCAAGCUAAUACCCACUGUCUAUCUCAGUGCUGUUUUAUUGGGUGUGCCUUCUAACGCUGUCAUUUUGUGGAUGCUGCUCUUCAAGAUCCGGUCUGUGUGCACUGCCAUCCUCUACACAAACUUAGCAGUUUCAGAUCUGCUCUUCUGUAUCAUACUGCCAUUUAAAAUAGCAUACCACCUCAAUGGGAACAACUGGGUUUUUGGGGAAAUGAUGUGCCGAACUACCACUGCUGUGUUUUAUGGCAACAUGUACUGCUCCAUUCUGCUGCUCACAUGCAUCAGUGUCAGCCGCUACAUGGCUAUUGUCCAUCCCUUCACCUACAAGAGUCUGCCAAAACGUGCCUACGCCAUCGCUGUCUGUGCCACUGUGUGGAUCAUCGUCUUCUUGUACAUGCUCCCACUUUGCAUAAUGCAGCAGAGCUACUACAUGAAACAACUGGACAUCUAUACUUGCCACGAUGUGCACAACACCUGUGAAAUGAUAUCUUCCUUCCAGUUCUACUACUAUGUUUCAUUAGCUGUCUUUGGGUUUUUAAUACCUCUUGCAACUAUCGUUUUCUGCUACGUCUCAAUUAUACGAACACUCAAGACUCAUGAAUGGUUCUGGUAUGUUAAAGUCAGUGUUUUGAUCCUUACCAUCUUUGUUAUUUGCUUUGUGCCAAGCAAUAUUAUGCUUAUUAUCCAUCAGGUCAACUACUACUAUUACAACACAGAUGGAUUGUAUUCUUUUUAUCUAAUUGCUUUAUGCCUUAGCAGCUUGAACAGUUGUCUUGAUCCUUUCCUUUAUUUCCUGAUGUCAAAAAUUAGAAGUCAAUCCAAUAUUUAUCUAACAAUGGUUAAAAUAUCCAGGGAAAAAUGAAGUUAGUUCUAUAUUUGUCAUCAGAAUUAUGAUUUUGUAUAGUAUUAAUCCAGACAGCAGCACACCUCAGAUGCAACAUUUAAACGUAAAAAAAAGUUAAGUGUUAAAAACCACAGUCUUGGUAAAAUUUACUUCCUUACUACACAAGAAAUAUCUUCACAAAUACACUUCAGCCCUACAGUUUUAAUCACACAUAUUGCAACAACUGCUGUACCUAGGUUCAAGGAAGUGGCUCUGCACCUCUCCUUCCAAGAAGAUCACUUUUAUUGCCAUGGAGAAGAAACCAAAGUAAAUCACCAUGGCUUCUGAACACCAGAAGAAUCAAUACCUGAAUGACUCUUUGCGGCCCAUUCAUGAUUUCCAAAUGCCUCAGAUUAGCCCUCAGCACACAGUCACUGCAGGAAUAGUGACGUGAAAACAACUUUUUGGCCUAGGGGAAAUAGGAAUAAGUAAAAGCACUUCCUGUAUGUCUGGGGUCUAUUGAGCUUUGUGCAACUCCCUUUCACAUAGCUAAAAGCAAAUGCUGCCCUGAAUGUUAGAAAUAAAGAGUCAGAGUCCCCAUAGGUUCAAGGAGCAGCAUGGCCACAGAGACAGAGCCUGACACUUGGAAGGCAGCAUGUCCUAUGAGGCUGCUUAACCAGCUUUGCACUGGAGACUUGUUCUUCCACUUCGUCAGCACCUCCACUUCUGUAGUCCAUGAGGAGCCAACCCUUAUCAGUGUGAAUCCAGGCAUGUGUUAUUCUUGCUUGGUAAGCAAAACAGGGAAGCUAUUUUGUAGUAUUCUCUAUUUCCACAUCCUCACAGGAAAUAUCUACAGCGUUACAAAUAAAGCUAGCUCUGAUUGAUUGUCCAUGUUAAUAAAGCAAAAGGUCAGCUUUUAUGUUUACAGAAACACAAAAGCUACAGACAUACUAAGUUCCUAUGGAAUGGACUCAGUGGUGGGAGUUUCUGUUUGUAACUGCUGUGUAAGAGGAUGAGAAGAAAAAAGUUUUAUGUCAGUUUGGUAAUAGUACUGUAAAAGACUUAAAUAAAAUCGUUUGCACUGGAAAA